AUGUUGUGGUUCGUCACCUUAACACAAGAAUGUAAUCUUACAUGCAAAUACUGCGGUAGCGAUGAAAAUGAAGACAUUGAAGAUAUAAUGGCUAUUCCAAGGAACAUUGUUUACGAUAUCAAGAAUCUUGAGAAGCUUAGAAAAGAUCCAGACCUCGCUCUUUGCUUCUAUGGUGGUGAACCACUUCUUCGCAUUGACAGAAUCCUUGAGAUCAUGAAAUUGCUUCCAGACGCAAAAUUCGUUCUUCAGACAAAUGCUACAUUAUUGCACAAACUUCCAACAGAGAAUUUAUUAAAGCUUGAUACAAUUCUUGUCUCAGUCGAUGGUGAUUCUCACCGUACAAACAGCAACCGUGGCAAAGGCACAUGGGAGCGCUCAAUUUCAAACGCUCGUGAUGCCCGCGAUCGUGGUUUCAAGGGUGACAUGAUUGCUCGUAUGACUGUUGGCCCAGGCUCACACAUUUUCGAAGAUGUUAUGUAUCUUUUAACACUUCAACAUGGUGAUAAGCCACUUUUCGAUCAUGUUCACUGGCAACUUAACGUCGAAUGGGAUACACCACCAUAUGCUGCCUAUGAGAACUUCGAACCAGGCAUGAACUUCUUCAGAUGGCGUGAUGAGAGAUACAAUCCAGGUGUUACAAAGCUAAUUGAUGCUUACAUCGAGGGACUCAAGGAAGGUCGUCAGCUUGGAAUUGUUCCAAUCCAAGGCAUCCUUUGGUCAUACUUGACAGGAGAAAAGUAUGAGACAGUUAGAUGUUCAUCUGGCUGGGAAUCAUUUAACGUUACAACAUCUGGUGAUAUCACAGCUUGUCCAAUUGCUACAGAAUACAAGUCUCUUGGUGAUAUCACAAAGAUUGAUACUCCAUUCCAACUUGCUCAUAUUGAAAAGGUUGGUGCUCCAUGUGAUACAUGCGAAGUUUUGUCCGAAUGCGGUGGUCGUUGCCUUUACUGCAAUCAGACACAAUGGUGGAAUGAGGAAGGUCUUCUUGAAGUUUGCGUUACUAUCAAGCAUCUUCUUAAAGAGAUUAAGACAAGAAUUGUUCCACUUGCAUGGGAAAAGAUCAACUCUGGCCAGAUGAAGGUUGAAGAUUUCCACUAUCCACCAUAUAAUAACUCUACUGAAAUUAUCCCAUAA